CAACCACGCCCCAACCUGCUCCAUUCCUUGACAUGCUCGUACAUGCAAACGAAACGUGAAAUGAAAACCGAAUGCAUAAUUUACGGAUAUAAAAAAAAGCAAAAUAUAUAAUACGAUACUUUAAUACUAUUGAAAUAAAAAAGGCGAGUGAGACAAACGAAAAGCUCCUCAUGAAAAUAAGCAUACGCCGCAUUAUUCUCUUAUUGGGAUUUUGGGCUGUGGCCUGGGGGCUAUCGGUAAUCGAUAGAUCAAUGAACUCUGUGCGAUUAUCGAAGCACUGGUCUUUUAUGGUUUUAUUUAAUUAAAGGUCAAGUAUGCGAGAGACGUGAGGUUAUUUUCGUGCCUGCAUUAUCGGUGGCAGUGUUUGUGAGGCAAACGCCAUGAAAAUAUCUUCCAAAAAUAAAUAUUUCUGUGCAAUUUAUUUUUUUUUUACACUUGCGUUUGACAGCCGGAGAUCCUUGUCCACCUGCCCCAAAAAUUUCUGGCAUUGCAUAUGCUUUUUUUUUUGCCUUUUUGCCAACUGAAUGUGUGAAAUUUUUAAAUAUAUUUUUAUUUAGAUGAAUUAUAGAUCUUGGAUAAUUUUCAAGUGGCUUCCAGAAUACUAUAAAAGCUUAGCUCCAAGUCAAGCGGAAGUUAGUGAGCGGAAGAAUAUGGAAAACCAUUCACAGACCCGGAUACUAAUGUGGCUGUGGAUCUGCCUGGUAGUUCGGCUGUCCGUAGCCGACUCCCAAGGCACCAUGACCACAAUUUGCGUGGAGAUCAGGCCCAGUGGACCGCAGGAGGAGCCCUACUACAUGUGUCGUGGAGCCAGCUUCGGCGGUGAGAACGGUCAGCAGAGCUGCGUGGAAGUCCGGAACCAAGGCGGGCAAGGAGAGCCCUUGUAUAUGUGCCGGGGCGCGGAAUACUUUGGUCCAGGUGGCGAAAGUCGUCCUUUACCAGAGCAUUUUCCUGUUGAGCCCCAUACCUUUCCGUCCUUUCCCGCCUUUGGGGGCGGGAAAUUUCAACAGCCCAUGGCACAGGAGGGAGUCCCACCAUCGCACUCGCCGGCAUACCAGGAGCAGCCCCCCCAGCCUCAGCCUCCGCUUGAGCAGCAACCACCCGCCGCCCAGUAUGGAUUCCACGGAAGCCCUAUGGCUGCCCCUGCACUUCCACCUCAGGCGCAGCCGUAUGGCCUGCCAGCAGUUUCUUACCCACCUCUUGGAGGCCCGACAGCAGUUCCACCAGGAGCUCCAAUUGGCCCAGGCCCAGCGGCCACGGCCUCUCCACAUGAUCCUGCAGCGUCUGCGAGGGCGGCGAAACUCUUCAGGGAUCAGAUAGUGGGGAGCAGUCGCCAUAAGCCAACUCUUGAUGAUGAUGUCCUCGGAAUGCCCAAUAUAGGACAUAACAAGGAGGAGCUCAACCAGCAGUAUCGUCGACCAGUGGAACAGCAAAUGGUCUGGGUUCCGCUGACGCACUCCCAAGAUCCCCACAACGAUCCCGUGAUGAAGGCUUUUUACAAGAGCCUGGCUACAGACCCAGUUGUGGGCCAGGCCGGUCCCGGCUAUGCUCCGCCGCAGGAGCCCUACCAACAGAAUCCAGCUCCACCAACACUGCCACCAGCGCCCCCAGCCUACGCCCAACCUGAGGCGCCCAGUAACUAUUGCAGUGAGUGCAGUGCUUCGACUCCAGCAGUUCAAUGUCCGGCAAACCCGACUACGGACAACGGAAUGGCUUACAUCCCGACCUGUCCCAGCUUCCAGCCGGUCAUCAUAGCCAUGCCCUGCUAUGGUUCCCAUCAACCUGGGAAUUACUUGCCCGUUGCGAGACCAGGACCCCCAGUGUUACCAGCCCCAGGAGUGGGUUCACCCUUUGGAUUGCCUCGCCCCUUUGGAGGGGCGUUCGGACUGGGGGGCCAAGUGGGAAGUCCCUUUGGAGGGACCCCUCAGAUGGGAGACCAACAUGUCGGUGGCCCCUUCGGCAUGGGCUUGGGCCUUAAUCCCAUUCUGAAUCCAUUUGGACCGUUUGGAAACCUUAAUCCAUUCAAUCCCUUCAACCGCGUCCUCGGAUCUCCAAAUGCUGCAACAGCACCACCACACCCCAACAUAUUCCAGAAUGUUUUCCAGCCUUUCGAGGGGGUGGAGAGCACCACCACGACCUCUGAUUCCUCUUCUUCCAUGGAUUCCCCCACUGAAAGAACCGGAAAGCUCAAUUUCUCUGCCAGCACUCCCUCUCCUCCCAGUACAACCCAGAGUGUAACCGUGGGCGCUGCUCACGAAACUACGGAUGAUCAGGAUUCGGAUGAGGAUGACGAUGAUGGUGCGGAUCAGGAGACGACUGCACUUCCGGCUUUUGAAGAUAAUGCUUCCGCCUCUGAAGCCGAUUCGAAGGAACUGUCGGCGAAGCAGCUGGUGAACAAGGCAGCGGAUCUGCUCAAGCCUGAGAAAAGAAAGCGACACAAUUCCCGAUCUAAUAGUCCUCAGAAACGAAAGUAUCUGCAGCAGUUGUAGCUGUUUAACUUAAGGAGAUGAAUAAAACU